UUUCUCAGUAGUAUUAUGUCUAUUAUCUAAAGCAGUGAUCGUGUGCAGUGUUUAACAAUGAAGUGUUUCAAUUUUGAGCUGUUUUUAUUCUUUAUAUUUGCAAACUAUCGGCGCACUGAUGCUGGCUUACUUGACGCUGUAGGAUCUGCGAUUGGGAUCGAGCCCAUCAACAAUGGUGGCCGUAGCCUUCGACCUAAUAUUGGGUUUAAUAACAUGGGUGGAAACGGACGGGGAAACAAUAUCGGAGGAAAUCAAUUUCAGUUUUUGGAUCCUACUAGCAUAGGCGAUUUUGACACCAUCCAGAGAAAACUCAGACUUGGCACGGAAUUGUCCCCGGAUGAAAUGUUAGCCGCCGAGAAGUUUCCGGUUCUUAAGCAGUUGUUGGAUAGACUCAAGGAGAUGAAUCGCCAGAAAGAGUUGGAUAAGAUGAGAGAACAAGGAAAUAACGGCUUUAAUAACGGUGGAAUUAAUAACGGUUUUAAUAAUGGUGGAAUUAAUAACGGGUUUAAUAAUGGUGGUAUUAAUAACGGUUUUAAUAAUGGGGCCAAUAAUAACGGUUUUAACCAUGGUGGCAAUAACAACGGUUUUAAUAAUGGUGGCAAUAAUAACGGUUUUAAUAAUGGGGCCAAUAAUAACGGUUUUAAUAAUGGUGGCAAUGGCAUUAUUAAUAAUGGAUUUAAUAAUGGGGCUAAUAAUCAUAAUGGUGGUUUCCCGAAUGUCAACGGUAAAGACAAUGGUAAUACAAGCUUCAAGGAUGAGGACACUGAUGGUGAUAAGACAAAGGUUCCUGUCAAUAGCAAGUGGAGCAAGCUGAAGAAGAGGAAAUUCUUCUUUCAAGCGAAGCCAGUCAGGCCGGAGAAUGAGAUAGUUGAGGAGCCAGAGGUGGUGUAUUUUUUGAAUUAAAGAAUUUUAAUA